ACUGGGAAGGAUAUAAACAGCUAAGUGAUACAAAGCCAAGGAGAGUUACAGAGCAACAACCUGGAGUACAUUCACCCUCAACAACUGGCACAGUUACAUUUACAUAUCCAUUUUCCCAGCUGAUUUUCUGCUCCGUUUCAUGCUGAUCUUUCCUGGGCACACUUUGUCUUACUGGCUCAGUUAUAGAGGCAAUUCCUGCACACUCAAGCCAACUUGCCUUAAACUACCUUACGCUAUAAAACCUGUGCCUCUGACACUAUCACAUCUCAUCCACUCAUGUCUUUCAAUUCAGUGAGAUUCAGUGAGCUGGGAGAGGAAGAGGAGGGUAAAGGUGCAGCUCCUGACUUAGACUCUGUAAAGGCUCUGACUGCUCGGCUGAAUUUGCAAACCCGACGACCUUCCUACCAGGAAUGGACACAGAGGGUGCAAGGACAACAAUGGCUGAAGAGCAGAGGAGUAGCCACCUUUGCCAGAUCCCCCUCAAAAGAGGAGAAAGAUCCUACAGUAACCAGCAUAUGUGGCUUUAGCUCAAUGGACGAAGCUUUGGAGUGGCUGAGAAAUGAGCUGAGGGAGAUGCAGGCUUCUGACCACGUGCUAGCCCGACAGCUUAUGCUUCUAAGAUCCCGGAUAUCGCAGAUGAAAGUUGAACAGGCGUGUGAGCGGCACAAGGAGAUGCUUGAUGAUGCCACAUAUGACUUAGAGGGCUGUGAUGAGGACUCCGACUUACUCUGUAACAUCCCACCACGUGCUGCCUUUUCUCUCUCCACCCCCCUCAAACACAUUGGGGUUACUCGAAUGAACAUUAAUUCCCGCCGCUUCUCACUAUGUUAAGGCCCCCGGUUACAUAACAUAGUCAGACAAUAUUGAAUUGAAUAUUUCAGCAGUAUAAUUCAUAUUCAAGGCAUUUAAAAAAAUCUUUAUAUACAAACCAACUAUAAAUGACAAAGUCCAGAGCACAUGAUGCUCUUUUGUAUAUAAAUUAUUAUUAAGUGAUGCAUUUGACUGACAAAGUGUUCUUGGGACAAAUGGCACCCCAUACUUUAUCAAACAACUAUGGCUUAUGCUCAUAAAAUAUAUAAUACAAAAGUGGAAGAACUAAUCUUAGAACUAAAAUCUCAGAAUGCUAGGCAAAGGCAAAGAAUUGUAAUAUGAUAAGAGCUACUAAGGACAGCCCUGGACCCAAAAGGCCACUGUUUUUUUUUUUUUGAAAGAUCCUGCAAAUUUAACACAUUUUAAUAAAAUACAUUUACAAAACCAUUAUUCUUUUUUAAUGGUUAAUUGAAAA